CGUUUCCAUAACUCCACUUUUGACUUUAUCAUAAAUUACUGUUCUCACAUAAAAUUCUGCACAUUUCCUCGGCAUAAAAAGUACCUUACGAAUAGACACAGACAAAUAAUAACAUGAUGCCACUGAAUGUUUCCUUGAUAAAAUAUGACAAUCCAUUACUUAUUACUAAAAAUUCAGAUAAAAAAUCUCCCGGGGCAUCUACGUUAAAGGGAACUCAUCCGGUUACAGACUCUUCAAACAAACCUUGUGUUUCACCCAGAGGAAAGACAUCCUUAGUUGAAGCUAAAAGCAACCAACAAACAGAAGAAAUAUUGAAUUCGAUUCUUCCGCCUAGGGAGUGGAGUGAAAACGGUCAGCUAUGGAUUCAACGUGCUUCAAGCACACCAGCAACACGACUUGACGUUGUUAAUUUACAGGAAGAGCUCGAUAGACGAUUACAACAGCGUCAAGCUAGAGAAACUGGAAUAUGCCCAGUCCGCAGAGAACUAUACAAUCAAGUAUUUGACGAACUAAUAAGACAAGUGACUAUUAAUUGUGCUGAACGGGGUUUGCUUCUCCUUCGCGUCCGUGACGAGAUAAGAAUGACAAUAGCAGCAUACCAAACACUUUAUGAAUCAAGCAUAGCAUUCGGCAUGCGUAAAGCUCUUCAAUCUGAACAAGGGAAAGCAGACAUGGAACGAAUGAUUAGUGAUUUGGAACAAGAGAAGAAAGAUUUAGAAAGACAAGUAUAUGAAUUAAAAACAAAGUGUGAACAGAUUGAAAAACGUGCAGCAGAACAAAGACAAUUAGAAGAAAAGAAACAUCAAGAUGAAAUACAAUUUUUAAAACGAAAUAAUCAACAACUAAAGGCUCAAUUGGAUGGAAUUAUGAAUCCGAAGAAAUAAUUGUCAUCCCAUUAUAUUUACGCAUUAUUGCUAAAUAACUCCAUAUACGAUUUUGUCUUCAUUUCUUAUUUUAAGACAGUAAUUUCUGUUAUAAAAUGUAUGGUAUCUAAUCUAGGCAACUAGAAUAUAUUAUUGUACCAUAUGAAGGCUUCAACUAUCAUAUUGUGAAUACCAAACUUUCCAUUAUAAUUGAAAUAGUAUGGUUUAUUUUCUGAUUAGGUAUAAUAGCUUAAGUCGUUAUUUACCAUAUCAGACGACGUACAUUGAAUAAAAACAG